CAUUCUCAUCAAUCCAAGAGAGAGAAAUGGAAGGCUCAUCUUCUAGCUAUGUUCAUGUUCUUACAACCCUUCUCAUUCUACUAGCCUUCACCUCUUACGUGAGCUUGGCUUCCGGUGCUGUGGCCGGGAAAUCAAGCACCGAGUUCAUCAGAAAAUCUUGCAGAGUAACAAUCUAUCCAAAACUUUGUUUCACCUCACUCUCAGGCUAUGCAAGUGCUAUCCAAACAAGCCCUAAGUACCUAGCAUAUACAGCACUCUCCGUGACCCUCGACGCUGCCAAUUAUACGUCCAGCGUGAUGAAAAAUUUGUCACGAAGCCACGGCAUGAAGCCUAGAGAGGUCGCGGCCAUGGGAGACUGUGUGGAGUUGUUAAGUGCCUCCGUAGACCAACUGAGAGAAUCUCUGGGAGAGAUGAAUCAAAUUAAGGAGCCAAACUUUGAGCAAAUGAUGAGUGACAUAAAGACUUGGGUCAGUGCUGCUUUGACGGACGACGACACGUGCAUGGAUGGGUUCGCCGAGAAAGCCAUGGACGGGAACUUGAAAACUGUUGUGAGGGGCCGGGUCCUGAAAAUUGCGCAAUUGACUAGCAAUGCUUUGGCUUUGAUCAAUACUUAUGCUUCUCUCCAUGUCUAGCUCACUUCAAAUAAGGGUACUAUUUUUUUUUUUCCUUCCCCCAAAUGGUAAAGCAAACCUACACUUUUUUUUGUUCAUUUUCGGACUCUACCCGUUCUCUUCUCUUUGAGAAUAAAGAAGUUAUACCAAUAAGCCAAAUGCUGUUUGGUAUAAGGAUAGUAGGUUAGGUGGUUGUUAAUGUUAGCACCGUAUUGGUCAUGGGCAAGUGUAUAAAAUUAUAUUGUAUAAUUUCUAGUUAUGUACUGUAUUAGAGAAAUUGUGUACAUGAAUAUUUAUAUAAUUGUUGUGAUUAUGUUUGUA